AUGCUGAAUCCCGCCGGAGCGCCAGCUCUAGACGAGCAUGGUAACGCCAUCGGCGACUUCAAGCAGGACCUCAACAUCAUUGUAGAGUGUCCUGACUGCCGCGAGCAGCCUCCCAAUCUAGUGGAGGAGUUCUCUUCCGGCGACAUGGUCUGUGGUUCUUGCGGCCUCGUUGUGGGUGAGCGCAUCAUUGACACGCGCUCUGAAUGGCGUACGUUCGCCAAUGACGACCAGGGCAACGACGACCCCUCUCGUGUCGGUGACGCUGGCAACCCUCUGCUCGACGGUGCCCAGCUCGAGACGAGCAUUGCCUUUUCUGAGGGCAGGGAUCACAAGAACCUUGCGCGCAUCCAGAACAAGUCGCAAACAGAUAAGAACACCAAGGCCAUCGGUUCCGCUUUCCGCGAGAUCAGCGCCUUUACCGACAGCAUCAAUUUGGGAAAGAACGUGGCAGACGGUGCCAAGCACAUCUACAAACUUUGCCACGACCACAGCUUUAUGAAGGGGAAACCCCAGGAAGCCCUCGUGGCCGGCUGCAUCUUCAUCGCAUGCCGUCAGGCAGGUGUUGGUCGCACGUUCCGAGAAAUCUACCAAGUUACCAACGUCUCUAAGAAGGAGAUCGGAAGAGUCUUUAAAGCUUUGGAGUCAUUCCUACAGAAGAUUAAGGAGACCAACCCUGGCGGCAAUGCCAUUCAAGACCUCAGCGGCUACAAGGCCUCGACGUCGACCAACGCCGGAGAUCUCUGCACUCGUUUCACCUCACAGCUGCCAUUCAGGCAGUCGCAGAAGAUUGAGAACGUGUCGCGCGCUCUCGCUCGUAAGACGGUCAGCGUGUCGGAACUUGCGGGUCGUUCGCCACUGUCUGUCUCUGCGGCCUGCAUCUACAUGGCAUCACACCUUAUGGAGGAGCCUAAGACGUCCAAGGACAUUGCAGCGGUAGCCGGCGUUAGCGACGGCACUAUCAAGACAGCGUACAAGUUCUUGUACCAAGCUCGUGAGCGUCUCAUCGAGAAGGAGUGGGGCGUAAGUCAGAAGGCCAUUGACAGCCUGCCGGUGAACUAG